GAAAGAAUGAAUAAGAUCCAUGUUUCAUGUACAGCGCCGACAAUAACUCAUCCUAUUUCUAACUCAAAAAUAAUGAAGGGACCAGAAUACUUCUUACCUACUUUCCUUUUAUUCACCUUAAUUAAUACUCACAAGAACUAACUAAACUCCCUCACUUUCCUAAUCAAAAACAUUAAUCUACUUCUUGUCUUUGACAAAAUUCUAGUUCUUGUUUUUUUAUUUAUUGAUGUUUGUUUGUUUGUUUAUGUAUGUAUGAUGAGUGUGUUUGUGAUUGAAUUAUCAUGAUGAGAAGGAUACAUGGUGGAAGGAAUGGAGGAAUUGCCAGGGGCCUUAGGAACCAGUUCUAGUUUUGCUCUGAGAUUGGGACAAACCGUUUUUUCAUCUGCCUCCCUUUGUUACAUGUGUUUGGGUGUUGAUUUCUAUGGUUAUUCUGCUUUCUGCUUUUUGGUAAUGGUGAUGGGUUUGGUAAUUUCGUGGAGCACAACAUUAUUGAUGGUAGAUGCGUAUUCGAUCUUUAUAAAAAAAGUACCGAAGCAACCAAGAUUCAUUUUUACGAUCACAGUGGGCGACAUGGUUUUGUCAUAUCUGUUAUUAGCUGCAGCAUGUUCAACUGCUAGUGUGACAGAUUUGUUGAAGAGUGCUGAUAAAUCGUAUUGUCCAGAAAAUUUAUGUAGUAGAUACCAAAUAUCUGCUGUUAUGGCCAUCUUGUCUUGGUUCCUUUCAUCAGCUUCUUGUCUAAUUAACUUUUGGAUUUUUCCAUCUCUGUGAAAUUUGUUUCUUUCUUUCUUACUUUUGAUUUGUAUAGGAAUGAUAAGAGUUCAAAUGGCGAAGUCAUUUGUUGUUCUGAUAUUUUUUGUUUCCAUUAGAAUAAAGUUAUUAUAUUA